UUCUCCCACCAGUUGGAAACUCGCGAGUACUUGGCUCGGUCGUGGGAUUUUCGUGCUGAUACGAAGUGGCAGCAACGUGUGCCAUGUCGAUGGUGAACAGUGCCGUUAACCUCUUCCAAGGGACCUUCACACAAGUACUGACGGCCGUAACAUGUACUCUUCCCAUGAUAUCCGAUGGCAUGCAGUACGGCUGGUCCGCCCCCGUUAUACCGGUACUCCAGUCCAAAGACUCGCCGAUUAAAGUUACCAAAAAACAAUGCGAAUUGUUGGAAUCUGUUUACAUUAUAGGUGCGAUAUGCGGCAUUACGAUAACCAUUUACCUGGUGGACAAAAUUGGAAGGAAACUGUCCCUUCUCCUCGCAGCAACGACAACCUUACUCGUUUGGGUGGUGAUCCUGACUUCUGACAACAUUAAAUACAUCAUCGCAGCAAGAUUUUUUACUGGUAUGGCGGGUGAUAUGGCUUUCGUGGCAGCCCCAAUGUAUCUGGCAGAAAUAGCUGACCAAAAAAUCAGGGGUUUUCUAUCCAGUAUCAUUUAUCUGAUGAUGUUGGUAGGUAUCCUUGUGGUGUACAUCAUAGUACCUUUCACCCCCUACUACGUAACUCCAGUAGUUGGCAUCGCCAUUAACGCCAUAGGCAUUAUAACGUUCGCAUUCAUGCCGGAGUCCCCGUACUACCUCCUCAUGAAAUCCAAAACCGAAAAGGCCCAACAAUCCCUGAUCAAAUUCCGACAGACCAAAGAAGUCGAAAAGGAGUUCACCGAAAUCAAAGAGGCGGUGGACAAGGAAAAGAGUAUCAAAACCAAGCCGCUGGACAUAGUCACGGUGAAGAGCAACAGAAAGGGCGUGUUAAUAAUGGUGGUCCUAAACGGCGCCCAACACAUGGGGUGCAUCAGCAUCAUCAUAAUGAACCUUCACGCCAUUCUAGAAGCUGCAGGUUCCAUUUACAUUGAAACCUCCUACGCUGCAAUCAUAUAUUCAGCCAUAAUGUUGUUGUCCGCCACCACGGCGUCUUUCAUCAUCGACAAGUACGGCAGAAAAUUACUGCUCUUGGUCUCCAACGUCCUAACCGGUGUAUGUUUGUUUGUAUUAUCCACAUAUUUUUAUCUGCAACACAUAAAAGUGGAUGUGAUAAAUGUCAGUUGGAUUCCCAUAGCUUCUGUGAUGGUUUAUGCAGCUGUGUUUAAAUUCGGAUUGGGUUUAGUCCCCAUUGUGUUAACAGCUGAACUGUUUCCCUCCAAUGUCAAAGCCUUGGGCAUGACUUUAUCUGAUGUUAUGUACGUUUUCUUUGCGUUUGUUUCGAUCGAGUUGUAUCAGUAUUUAAGUGACAAUUUUGGAAUGCACGUGCCAUUUUAUGUUUUCACGGUUUGUUGUUUUCUGACUGCUGUGUUUACUUACUUUUAUAUUCCUGAAACGAAAGGGAAAACUUUGGAACAAAUACAAUUUUUACUCAAAGGUGAACCAAUUCCGAAACGCAGCACGGAUAGGCCAGAAAUUAAGUAUUCUAGUGUUGAUAAAGUUUAAAUGUGAUAUAAAAAAGGAUAUUGUUGAAUGUACUUAUCUGAUUUCUGGGAAAUCAUUUUAUAUUCUAUUUAUGUUAAAUACAGAUAUAAAUUUAUUGUAA